AAACUGGACUGGGUGAACAAAAUCGCAGCAAAUGAUCCAGACUUGUGGGAGCGAGAGAUGCGCGGCAAUAUCGGCAAUGAGCAGGUGUCCAAAGUCAACCUUGAAAUCGCAAAAGAGCGCUUCAACCAAACUGGAGGCGUUCACAUGAUCCAGCCGAUGAUCGGCUGUGAAUGGGAUGACGAGACUGGUGAGGUGGAUGGUUGGGAACAGCACAGGUAUGACGGAGAAGACUUCAUCUCAUUUGAGUUGAAAACGAUGAGAUGGAUCGCAGCGAAUCCGCAAGCUUUCAUCACAAAGAACAAGUGGGAACGAUCGGACGGCUUCAAAGAAUACUGGAAGAGUGUCCUCACUGAAAUUUGUCCUGCUGACUUGAAGACGCUUGUGAGCAUUGGGCGGGACUUCCUGAUGAGAACAGAGCUUCCCACGGUGUCCCUCCUCCGGAAGACACCUUCCUCUCCGGUCACCUGCCACGCGACGGGCUUCUAUCCUAACUUUCUUUCUCUUUCCUUCCAGCCCAAUACUCUGCAACAU